AUCUCAAAAUCCCUUAGCAAAACUUCAUGGCUCAUCCAUUCUAGAGAGACAUCAUUUGGAAUUUGGCAAAUUUCUGCUCUCAGAAGAGUCCCUGAACAUUUACCAGAAUCUCAACAGGAGGCAGUAUGAACAUGUAAAUCACUUAAUGGAUAUUGCCAUUAUAGCCACUGAUUUAGCACUGUAUUUCAAAAAGAGAACAAUGUUUCAGAAAAUUGUUGAAGAGUCAAAGUCCUACCAGGAUCAGAAAAAGUGGGUUGAAUAUUUGUCUCUGGAAAACACAAAGAAAGAGAUUAUUAUGGCUAUGAUGAUGACUGCCUGUGAUUUAUCUGCUAUAGCAAAACCCUGGGAAAUCCAGAGUAAGGUGGCAUUAUUUGUAGCAGCUGAAUUCUGGGAACAGGGAGAUCUGGAAAUUUCUGUACUUCAACAACAGCCUAUUCCUAUGAUGGACAGAAGAAAAGCUGCGGAGCUUCCCAAACUUCAGGUUGGCUUCAUUGACUUUGUGUGCACAUUUGUAUACAAGGAAUUUUCACAGUUCCACCCUGAAAUUCUGCCGAUGUAUGAAAGACUACUCAACAAUCGCAAAGAGUGGAAAGCUCUGGCUGACGUGUAUGAAGCAAAGAUGGCAGCCGUGCAGGAAGAACAGAAGAAGGAUCAAAAGACAGAUGUUCCUCAAGCACCAAUGGCCAAUGGAGGACCUGUUACCUCAUCUUCAACUUGUUGCAUUAUUUAGGUCAACACAUAACAGUGCAAGAU